UACAGUACUAUAUAUAUUUAUAGAGUUAUCGUCUUUAUCUACUUCCUUCGACUAAAAUUUUAAGUAAAUAAAAACCUUAUCCUCUCUCUCUCUUCUGCCAUUGCUAUUCAUACUAUUCUAUGACUGAGAUUUGAUUUGAGGAUCCGACCAAGAAGUUUGUGAGACAGAACCCCAGAAGCCAAGAUCUUCAAACCGGUAAGAAAGUCCGUGAUCUGGUGAUGGCAGGAGGAGGACCAACUUUCUCAAUCGAGUUGUCUGCAUACGGAAGCGAUCUGCCAACCGACAAGGCUUCCGGUGAUAUACCAAACGAGGAAGGAAGCGGUUUAAGUCGUGUCGGAAGCGGAAUCUGGUCAGGACGGACGGUGGAUUACUCGUCGGAGAGUUCAUCAUCGAUCGGAACUCCGGGAGACAGCGAGGAAGAAGACGAAGAAAGCGAAGAAGACAAUGAUGAGGAGGAGCUAGGGUUGGCUUCAUUGAGAUCUCUAGAAGAUUCUCUCCCAAGCAAAAGAGGUUUAUCGAGUCACUACAAAGGUAAAUCAAAAUCGUUUGGGAACUUAGGAGAGAUCGGGAGUGUGAAAGAAGUGCCGAAGCAAGAGAAUCCAUUGAAUAAGAAGAGAAGGUUACAGAUCUACAACAAGCUGGCGAGAAAGUCUUUCUACUCAUGGCAGAACCCUAAGUCUAUGCCUCUUUUGCCUGUUCAUGAAGACAACGAUGAUGAGGAAGGAGACGAUGGAGAUCUGAGUGAUGAAGAGCGAGGAGGAGAUGUUCUUGCGAGGAGACCAUCGUUCAAGAACAGAGCAUUGAAGUCUAUGAGUUGUUUUGCUCUCUCAGAUCUGCAGGAAGAAGAGGAAGAAGAAGAAGAUGAGUGAUCAAUAAUUCAAAGAUUUUUUUUCUUUGUUCAUAGUUUUUUCAUAUAAUUUUUAUUUGGUGGAGCGAAUUAAUCUUAUCUUUUUAUUAUUAAUUCGGGAAAUUAAUUAUAAAUUAUGUCGACUGGAGGAAAUUAAUUUAGUGUGUGUUCCUUUCUUUCCGCUUAGCUGUUUCUUGUCCUUUUUUCAUCUCCACAUUAUCGAUUCUCACAUAUUUAUUUUUAUUUUAUUAUUAAAGGACUA